UCAUCGCGUUCCCUGAGCGUUAGGGGAUUGUUUGUAAUUAUUGUGAAUAAACUUUUACCGCCAUGACAGCGAUAUGCGAUAUGUGAAAAGAAAAAUGCAUACUCUCUGGCUUAUGGAUAAUUUAUUGCUGCUUCCGACUUGAUGCAUUUUAUCUUUAAUGUUAAAAUAUUUUGCCUGAAUUAUUAUAAAUUCACUAGGAUUAAUCAAUUUGGAGAUAAGCGUGGAUUCGUAUUCUUCUCAUAUAAUGUGAUGUACAAGGACGUGGCCCGAUCACGUGGUCAUUGUGUUAUGUUGUGUAGAAAGUGUGGUUUGUAAAAUAGGCUAUGUCUGUUAAUCGAAUGACUUCACAAUUAUACUUGCGACUUAACAGAAUUCUAACUUUGAACAGAAGCACUCUAGAUCUAGACCUAAUUAAUGCACUUUUGAUUUAAUGAGAUCUAGAAUUAGAUCUACUGAUGUUUAUGAAAAUAAAUCGGAUCUAGAUCUAGAGUCUAUAUCUAAUAAUAAUAUCGUCCCACAUCGUUUUCCUUGUUGGCCAAUGUCACGUGCUUAUUAAAACUGAUCAUAACGGCGGCGUGCUCUUAAUCUAUGCUAUGGUGUAGCAUUUAUGUCGUCAUGAUUAUUAUAGUGAAUCUCUGCCCCCCUCCACUUUAAAAAAAAAAAAAAAAGGUCUAAAUUUAAAGAUAAGUUAUGUGAUGGUAACUUAGAUUCUGUCUAGAUCUAGAUUAGAUCUAGGUAACAUUUACUGAUAGACUUGUGACGUUUUUUUAAAUGCGUUUAUGUCGGGCACAUCUACGCUGAGGAUAUGUUUAGCCGCAAUGGCACCCGCUCUAACUGAAGCGGCAUCGGCGCGUCUCAAACUUCAGGAUUCCUCGGCUAAGAACGAAUCAAUUUCAGUUGGAAAAGCUGACAAAAAGUCUAACGAAGAAAAUUUGUCGAAAGGAGAUAGAUCUAAAGAUCUACACAGUUUACACACUGUUAGUAUUAGAAACAGGUCAAACGCCGUGUCGCACCUGUUACUUUCUAAUGAGGAACGAAAUCCCAUUUGCUUUGACCAGAAGAGGUUAACUACUUUAAGUAACACUUGUCCACAAACUAUUCCUGCAAACAUUAAGACUCUCAAUUUUAAAGUUACACAUAUUGACAAACUUUAUGAUUCUGAAAAACUUCUGGUCAAAAACGUCAACGGAGCAAAACCUGAUCAAUAUUUUGACAAUAACAAGAUAAUGAGUCAUAUUGUUGCUAGUAAACCAAAUGAACAGAAUAAAAGCAGCGGAAUAAGCAUUGAGGAUGGAAAUGAAAUCUUUGAUUCAUCUUGUGUUGCUAAAACCAAAAUUAUAUCACCAGUAAUGGUGAAUGGUGAAAGUGGAUUUAUCAGAAAAGCACAGAAUGAAGACAGUUUAAAGGAUAUAGAUGAAAAAAAGGAUGGUUUAUGUAACAAUAAUAUUCAGUUAAAGUCUGAACAAAAGAUAUCCAGUGCUAGUUUUAAUUCUACAAGUAAAUUACUAGAGUCUACAAAAAUGGGGAUAAACGUGAAACAUGAUCAAACUGUGACUGAUGUUAUCCUUGAAAAUACUUGUAAAUCUGAAGCUCUCAUAGAUGAAAAAACAAAAGAGGAAAUGAGAAAAGAGUGCAUUAAAAAGCAAAUUUAUCUGGAGCGUAAGGCUGAUAUAUUGUUGCGAAGACUUAAAAGGAUGAAAGCUAAGGUGGUUGAAGCUCAUGCCAAAGAGCAAUUCAGGCAUUUUAUGAAGUUUCAGCACAAGAAUCUUCAGAGUGUUGCUAAAGCAAUAAAAAAUGAAACCCCUGGUCCAACAGAAUUAAAAGAGCAUUUCCUUAGUAAUGAUGAUGUUAAAAACAUGUCAGCUGCUCAGCUGGUGAAGCUAGUGAAAAAUUAUCAACCCAAUCGCAUAACAUCAACUGAAGAUAGCUUGACAUCUAAACUCAAAUUAUUUUCAUCUAAUACUGUUUUAAUGGACGCAUCAGUUUGUAGUUCUGCACUUAAAACUUCUGAGAGACUAAUGCAGAGAGUACAGACCACAUCAGCUGAUUUGGAUUCUGAUGCCACUGCCAGUAGUUCUGGUGGUGAAAGUGAUGAUGAGCUUGGUGCAUCUGUCACUAGUGCUGAUCUCCCACCUCUAAUAAAGAGGGCUGAGUGGAAAUGGGUAAUGGAUAGAGCAGCUGUAGUUGCCAGAUGGACUUGGUUGCAAGCACAAGUUUCAGACUUGGAAUAUCGUAUUAGACAGCAGAGUCAGAUUUAUAGACAACUAAGAAAUAGCAAAGGGGGUGUGGUGUUAGGGGAUCCACCAUCUUCUGCUGAAAUAUUAAGACGUUUUCAAGAUAUUCAAGCUAAAGCAAUGGGUGUUCAUGGAAAUGAAGAAAAGCCUGGGGCGGCAUCUAUUAGUUCUGAAGUCUCUCCUUGUAAUGUUUCAACAUUUAUGUCUAAUGUUGACAAACAAGCCGCAAGACUAACCCAAUCCUUGGGAAAUUGUUUAUCACCAGCGACAUCUUUAAUUGGCAGCCCAGCUGGAUUACCCAAAAACUUAAAUGUCAAUGGCCUCACAGAAUCUCCCUGCAGCACAUCUACAGACAUUGGUAUAGAUGAUAGUCCUUCAAUAUCAAAAGAAAGACUUGUUUCUGGAAAGAUAAAUGAACAACUUGAACAUAAUUCUUCUUUAGCUGAUGCUUCUUGCCAUUCAGCAAGAUGUCGUCCUCUUCGCAGCUAUAGAAAAAGAAAAAUAUUAAGGACUAUUGGUCUCUACAAAACAAACUCUAAAGCAGCUCGAUUAUCUGACAUUCGUUGCCGCUGUUAUCCUCCUAUGACCCCUUGCCCCAUAUGUGGCGGAAGGUAUAACAAUACUUUGACAACUGAUCCAGAUACAAUGUCUCUCCAAGAGAGAGUUGCAUUAUUGGAUCCAUCAUUUCAUCCUGUGCUUUCAUUUCCCCAAGAUGUAUAUUGGUCUAUUUACUGUGAAGGUCUUUUAAAAUCUGGACUGCUGCAAAGCAAACCUCUUCCUCGUAAAACUCGAGUUGGAGAGAGUAAACGCCAAAAAGUUAUAAAUUUGAUUUCUGAGCCAUCCAAGAAAAGCAAGCAGAAAGGAAGAAAUACUACUGCUUCUGUGAUACAUUUUACAACAAAAAUAAAACAAAAGUAUGAAGGUAAAGGCAAAGCUGUUUCUUCAAAAGGAAAAUCCUUAAAAACAUGUAUUAACAGAGCUAAAAGAAAGAAAACCAAAGCAGCAAGAGAAGCUAUGAAAAGAAGUCAGCAAGAUGAUGAUGAAGAUUUGGAAGCUGAAUACCUAGAACAAGAAACAUCCAUGUCUGGUCAUAAAGAACAUGGUCUGGCCUCCAGCUUAUCACAGUCUUCAUUGAAAGAUGGAGUUCAUCAGCGUAAAAGAAAGGUGGACAACUCUUACGAUAUAAAUAACAUUGUCAUACCUUUAAGUAUGGCCACAUCCAUUGAACAACCUCAGUAUAAAGAGAUUGUAACACCAAAAUGGAGAGAGAUCUCUAAGUCUUGCUCGGCAGAAAUUAACAUUAAAAUUGAUCAGUGCCCAAAAUUGGAAGUUAUUCAGGAAAAGUCAAAAGUUAUAGAAAAUGUGCUGGAUGAUGAGCCUAUUGAAGAUAUAUCAGAUGAGAGAUAUGCUGCAAGGCAUUUAAUUUUGGAGCAGGAAGAAAAAAAGCGUUUUCGUAGCUUUGUUCAGUAUCCACCAAUUAGAAGAAAUAGGGGGAGGUCUGAUGCACUAUCAUCAUCAUCCGGAAGAACAAUUAAUAGUGAGAGAUUCAGCACAGAAGAAAGUAAUAUUACUUUUGUGGAAGAUGGAUAUCUAUCAUCUCAACCCUCCACCCCUGUGAUCAAUAAAAGCCUUUCUACAUUUUUCCCAAAAGUCAAUGAUGAAUCUUAUGAAAGUCAACCUUCUACAUCCAGACGUCGUACUAUCUCCUUGUCUAAAAGAGAGCGUUCUAGUUCAUUGAUUUUCGAUGAUCUUCCUAACUUUCCAGAUGAAGGCUCUGGUGUCAAGCCAUGGCCUAGGAGAACAUUUCCAAUCUCUGAAAGUGAAUACCAGCUGAUGAUAAAGGAAUUGACACCCAAUUGUGAACCAGUUCAUCAUCGGAGUGUUACCAGAAGAAUAUUGGAGCCUUCUGUUUAUGUUGGUAACUCAGAAAAUCAUGAAGAUGUUAGCAAUGCACCCUCUCCUCAUCCAAGUAAUGAAUCUUUGUCAUCCAUGGGGGAUGACCCAAAUGAUACAGAAUGGUUAGAAAUUACUAAACGGGGAAGAUCUAGAACAGCCAUUAAUGAUGAUAUACAUGAAAAUGAAUGGAUUACCUCAGAUACUAGACGAGGAAAAUAUAGACAGAUCUUCAAUGAUGAUGCUAAUGAUCCAGAUUGGACAAGUUUGGAUACCAGACGAAGAUGUAGACAGUCUCUGAAUGAUGAUAAAAAUGAUCCUGAUUGGACAGGCUCUGAUACUCCCAGGAAAAACAAGAUUAAAAGAUGAAUUAAUCUGCCAAGUUCUUCAUCUUGAGGAUGUAAAAUCUUAAUUGGAUAUCCCAAUCCAUUAAAGUCCUGAAGCGUUUCAGGGUAAUAGCUUCAGUUUAGAAGCCAUCUCUGAAGGAAAAAUCACAGAAAUCUGAUAUUAUUCCUCACUUUGUGGCUAUUGUAAGACCUCUUCCAAAGCAAUUGGCUUAGUAUUUCCUACCUGCCAGAUCUAGAUCUAGGUCUUAUACACUGUAAACACUGGCACGUAGAGCCACUCUAAUAUCUUGUUAUGGCCACAUAUCAUGAGGCUUGUUAAAUUGUUUGACCAGUUUUUAUUUAAAGUAAAAAAAAACCAACUAUGCCGGUAUUCGUAUAGCUUAUUUUCAACACACAAUGAUCUGAUAAUUGUUAAAAAAAGUCAUUUAAUUUUUUUUAUUUAGAAUAUUCACUUAUUGAAUAAUACCAAAAUGAGACUUAGAUAACUUACUUAAUUUACUAUCAUUUAGGAAAAAAGUACAAUGUAAAACAUGAAUUCAGUAAACAGUUGUUUUGUUUUUUUUUGUUUUGUUAACCUAUCAGUAAUAUUUUUAAAUAUUAAAUUUAAUGUUCACUUCAAAUAAGCUUGAUCAUGCUUUGGACACACAUGUAAUUAAUCUAACAUUUAUGAAGGUUAAAACUAAUCCUCUUAAAAUUAAAUUGAUAGGUUGAUUUAGUACUUGUUUUUGCUGAAAUGUUGUGUAUUUAGUACACAGUUGUUUUUUUUUUAAGCCUUUUGUUUCAGAAGCAUUUUUAAGUAUGGAAAAAAAAGCAACAUGCAUUCCCUCAAUUCACUGCAGUGUAAAUCAUGAUUGGAAUGAUCUUACUGUUACUGCCUUGAUGUAUAAAGGUUUCUUAUUGUCUGCAUUUGGUGGCUAGACUAUAUAUGUACUGUGAAUUGUAUGAUUGUCACUUGAAUAUUUUUAUUGAUUGUCUCCUGGUGACCUUCAAACAUUUAAUAGAGCUACUAAGACUACAGUUCUUGGAUUUUUUUUUUGUAAAUCUCUGUCAUAAUAAAUAGCUUUAAAUUGUUACCUAGAUUCUUUUAAAUAAACCAUUUUUUUUUUGUGGCUUUUUUUUUCUGAGCUACCAGAACAUUUUCCGAAACAAAAAAGAAAGUCAUAUAAAUCAAUUAACUUAAAACCAUUCCUAGCUUAAGUAGCCAUUCUAAUUCUAUUCCUAAAGGUGUUGGAAAUUUUGCUUUACUUGAAGCUAUAACAAAUAUAUUUUUCUGAAUAUUCCUGUCUUACAGAAUUUAUUAGUGGCCAAUUCAUAAAUGUGUUUAUUUGAAUUUAGGAUGUAUAAAGUAAGAGUUACAUGGGUUCCCUGUCAAUGCUUUAUGGCUUCCUUAGAGUGGAAAUAUCAAAGAUGUUCAUCAUAGCUGCUUAAAUCUCUUGGCUAAUGUAAUUUUUGCUGUUUAAAUCCUACAUCCAUUGUUCUAGGCCACAAAGUGAGUGGUGUAGCUUGUUCUUUAUUAUUGGUUUUAAUGAAUAUACCAACAAAAAUAAAAAUAGAAAGUACCAUGACACAAGAAAUUCCAACAUGACUUACUUAGCUGCAGGAUAGAAUGCUAAAAUGGCAGUUAAUUAUUCAAUUAUAUAGACAUUUAAAUAGAAAAAAAAACUAUUUCAAAUCAUAUUAAAUAGCUACAUUAUGAAAUACCAAUACUUAGUACAUUUCCAAGUGUACCAAAAUAUUUUUUAAACAUUACUUUUUACAAAAAUGAUUUGAAAGUUGUAAACAGGUUAAUACCUUACAUAAAGACAAAUUUUGUCUAUGAUUAAUUAUAAUUUAUUGUCGAUCUUAUUUUUAAAUUUCAUUGUUUCAAUUAAAAGCCUUGUAAAGAUUUCAAGUACCGCAUCAUUAUGUUGCAUUUACAGUUGGAAAAAUUACCUUUCAAAAAAUCCUGAAAUCUAUUGAUCAUGAUUUUUUUGUUAGUUUCUUACUUAGAAUUUAUUUCAAAGAAUCUCUGCCUUAGAAACUACAUAUUUCUCGUAUAAAAUCCACUGCUUACCAUUUUUAAAAUUUUUUUUUUUCUCAUUUAUGGAAAGAAAUUAAAGUUUGAACAUCUUUAGAUAAUUGGUAAAUUGUGCAUAAAAUUUGUUCAAAAUGCUUCAUUGCGUUGUCACUAUUUACCCUUUUUCACACAUUUAUUAUUUGUUAAAUUAUAUAUAUAGUCCAUUUCAAUACAAAAAUAUGUAGUCUUUGAUAUAAUGGGAAAAUUAAAUUGCUAAAAGAUUGCUACAUGUCCUAGUUCAUUAUUCAAUUCCUUGCUGCCAACCUUUGAAAGGUUUGAAAUUAAUUUUUGUUAGAGUUUCAAGUACAAAAAAGAAAUUCAUUAUCUGUGAUUGAUUGUUUGUUUUUUUAUUUUGUUAGAGAUUAUUCAAGCAUGUAUAUAUACUUUGUACAUAUUUCAUAGCCUGCAUAGGACAUUUCAUUGGAAUUGUUUUUUUGUUGUUUUUUUUAUAUUACCUGUGUACUAGUGAGAAAGGACAUGGAUUUUCAUUUUUUUUUUUUUGUUCAUGUUACCAAAAGAAUUGAAUCAUUUAAUAGUGUAAAAGUUUUAUUUAUUUUUAGUUAAAAAAAAAGAAUUUGGGGGAAAUAAGACAAUAUGAACUAAUUCUUGUCUGUGCUACCUCUCACUGGGAUUUUGUUUUUAGUCUACCCUCUUUGUUAUUGCUUUAUGCCAUCAUCUGUUCAUUUUGUUUGUCUUUUAUACAUUUGAAAUAAAAAAAAAAACACACACACACAUAAAUAAAGUAACAUAAAAAACAAGUUGUGU